AUGGCCGAUGACGACGGGUCCAAAAGGGGCAAUAUCAAUGAAUUGAUUCAGGAACUUUUGACGAUUAUCCCGGAACCGUUUUUCCAAGAGUACUACAGGAAGAACAGCGACCCCAAGGUAAAAGAAGAGCACCUGUCCAGAUCUAAGGGAGCCAGCGCAAAUGCAAACAAGCCCACAAAAGGCCAAAUUCUCACACAGGCGGUGGAAUACGUCAAUUCCUUGCAGGAACAAGUGGAUUUGAAAAACAGGGAAGAAGUGGAGCUUAUCCUCAAAAUAAAGGAACUCAGCAAGGAGACCGGUUCCAUUGUGAACGACUUGAAUUUAGACAAUACGAGUGCCGAAAUAGCCCUAGCACGGAUCGGUGUCGGCCCGCUCGCCGGCAUGUACGAGAAGGAGACCAUUUCGAACCACGCAAGACCUUCAAGCAACGAGGACGCAGCAGCAGCAGCAGCUGCUGCUGCUGCUGCUGCCCAUCCUGGCUCCUCCAACGAGCCCAGCGAGCUGGCACAGCCGGUGCGCAAAGAGCCUCCAAUUUACAAGUUCGACUACGGUGGAUACAGAGAGUACAACAACGAGCCAUAG